AUGUCCUCUCCGUGGAAGAAACAGCCUGAGGAUGUUGUCGACAGUGUUCUGAAGCGGGCAGAAGUCAGCAAGAUAGCACGCAGACUGCAGAACCGCUUGGCCUUGGCUCAAUUCAAGACCAAACAUGGCUGGGAGGACUUGACACUCGAUUCCAUCGAACCCAAGCUGGAGGAGGAAAUGCGCAGACGACGCCUAUGCGAUGGGGACGUUCUGUCUGACUCGUCCUCGAGCGCAUCCGACCUGCCGUAUCCGACAAAAGCACUGAUGAGCUCGCCCCUCAAGGCGCCAAUAUUCUCCGAUGCUAUCGGGUCGAGUAAUGGAAGCUCCGGUCACCGAAAGCGUACAUACUUUGCAUCGUUUGAUCACACGGCCUCGAGCCCGAGCAAACGCUUUCGCGCAUCGCCGACAGCACACAAGUCCUUCUCGGGACACUCCGCGUGGAAAGACAGUCACCACUUGGCACAGUCGUCACCUAUCAAGCCUCGGCGUCAACAGCACUUUACCACAUCAGGAGGACCAGAUGUGUCAUUUUUCCAGCAUCGCAGAAUGACGGCGGCUCUCACCUCGCCAAAUUUUGCUGCGCCCGACGACGACGACGACCUGCUGCCCGCACAUUCGUUCAACGUCAACAACGUUCAGUCGUCUCCCCCUCGUACUCCGCCCAUGCAAACCCGAAGCCUUGCGAGCAAGCGAAGUAAAGAGAACUUGGAUGCUGACCAUGGUGGUAAGACGGGCGAAGAGGGCGCAGACCUUUUGCUGUAUCUCGCAGCGUCGCCGUCUCCAGCGGUCAAGUCAAACCGCGGCCGCAUGGAUCGUCUGUCCACCCCUCCACCCAAGAACAACAAAUUAGACCUACCCUCAUCCAUGAUGACAACGCCCGGGGGGGGCAACCUGUUUCCCAACACCCCCGGUCAGGGAUUCGACUUUGCCGACUUUGUCAACAUCACUCCUAGCCCGGCACAGAAGCCAUGGAGAACACCUGGUCCUAUUUCAGCUCGCACACCGCUCAGCGUGACCAGGCGAAGGCUGACUUUCGAGGAACCUCUAGCAUAA